UCAUCCGUAGCCAUUUUGGCCCAAGUUCUCCAGGCCUGCACUUGGCGACGUCUUCCGCGCGGCCCGUACCGUACGAUCCAGGCCCUCGAGGCCUCAUCGGUGGCUGGCCAUGGCGUUGCAGCGAUCCCAGAGGGUGCUCUUCGAGGUAUCGUCGUCCGACGAGCUGACCUGCACCGUCCUGACUGCGGCAAUGCCGUCCUCCGAGCCCUGCACGUCGUACGAGGGCGGCAGCCCCGGGAAGCCGGCCGCGCGCGCCGCCGGGAAGCCGGCCGCGCCCAGGGAAGCCGGGUCGUUCCCCGCCCGCGCGGCCAUCGGGCGCACCGCCCCGCGGCCCAGGUCGCGGCCGCCCCCCGCGCGAGAGGCGCCGCCGCCGCCGCCGCCGGCACCCUGCGCGCGGGGCGCUGGAGCUCUGUCGGGGCGGGCGCCGACGAGUGGCGAGGCGUCCACGGCCAGCCUCCCCUGGGGUGCCCUCGGCGAACACGCGGCCUCGCUGCGCAGGCCGCGGGAGGCUGCCGCGAGGGGCCCUUCGGCGCGGGCCAGUCGCUCAGCUUGCCGAAGGGGUCUCGGCGGCGCGCUGCCGAAGCUGGUCCCGGACGUCCCGGCUGGAGCGGAGGGGGACUGUGAGCAGAAGAAGAAGAAGAAGAAGCACCCUGACCAUGGCCAGGAUGUCGCGGGGGCGACCUCACGAGAGGUGACGAGCAGGCAGCUUUUCCAUGCAGCUUCAAUUUAGGGUUUGAGCCGACUGUCAUCCCUCCCCUCGAGAUUGCUUUCACAUUGGUCGCUGGGGUUUCAAGAUUUCAAAGGGUGCCUUCAGAGCGGCCGUGCGCGGAUCCACGCAGGAGGCUGCUGCGAAUUCGGGAAGGGGGGAGUGGUUGCCGAGGAAGGACCGCGACUAUGUUGAGAAGGAGGGUAGGAAGGCACCAGCUGGAGGAAGAAGGGAACCGUCCUCGACGACGCCAGACGUCUGGCCGUGCUGUCGCAGCCUCUGCACCGGGGCCCGGCGCGUCCUGCGCGGACCCUCGCCUAUCUGGAAAAAGCCUGGCGCACCUUUGGACGCGAAUGCCAGGCACCAGCCUGGCUGAUGGCGCGCGGUGCUGGCUGCCAGCACUGCGCGCCCGCACUCGGCUUGGCGGCCCCGAGCUGGGCGGCUGCCAGCAUCUGCAGCCCAGCUAGCGGACUGCCGGUUCCAAAAUCGAGAAUGAUCUGGCCAGAGAUCCGAUCAAGACGUGAGCCUGGGCUAGCCCUGCGUGUCGAACCGGUAGCUAUUAGAUUCUGGACCCGGCCGCCGCGCCAGGCUGCCCAGGCAGGAAGGAAGGACA